AUGACUGAACAACCUCCACCUUUGCCAUCCGAAUUGCUCCGGAUGGUGACCGAGUUGCGGCAAGUCGUGGCUGAGGAGAACCAAAGAAUGGCAAAUCAAAUCGCCAACUUGAAUAACACUCGAACCGAAAACAAUGACCGACAAGAACGGACAGAAGAAGCCGAGCAGCAGUCGGGGCCAACACAUGUCCCAGACACUGCUCGACAGGAAGGGGAGCAGCCCGAACAUAAUGAGGACACUCAGAAAAACGUCGACAAUGACGAUCAGGAAAGCUCCCCUGGACCAUUCACGGCGGAGGUGAUGAACUUCGUGCUGCCUCGAAGGUUCACCCUGCCGACCACCCUAACUCCCUAUGAUGGGUUAGGUGAUCCGAAGAAAUACAUCAAAAAGUUCACCUCCAUAAUGAUAGUAAACGGUGCAUCUGAUAAAGUUUUAUGUCGUUGUUUUUCAUCUUAUUUAGACGGUCCUGCACUUGAUUGGUUUUGUUCUUUGCCUGUAGGUUCCAUUUCUCGAUUCCGAGACAUAUCAAAACCCUUUGAGGAGCACUGUGCUGGAUCUGCCAUCUACCUUCACGACUCCGAUUACCUGAACACAGUCAAGCAAGGCCAGCACGAAAGCCUCAAGGACUACAUGACGCGCUUCACAAAGAUAGCCAUAAGCAUACCCGACCUCCACCCCGAGGUAGAACUACACGCCAUAAAAAGUGGAUUAAGACCAGGAAAGUUCCAGGAAACUAUUGUUGUGGCCAAACCAAAAACUAUGGCCGAAUUCCGUGAAAAAGCUAAAGGACAAAUUGAUAUCGAAGAGCUUCGACAAGCUCGGAAAAUAGAAAAGCCUCACUAUAAAGAUGACGACAAGCCACGGGACAGCAAGAAGAAUUUCAAACCGAUCCCACGAUAUGAGACCUACACCAAAUUCAACACCAAGCACGAUGACAUCAUCAAGGAGAUCUUGAAUUCAAAGUUAAUCAAGCCACCACGAAAAGCUGGCAAUUACCCAGAUUCAAAAGGCACUGAUCGAUCAAAGUACUGCUCUUUCCACCAGAAGCAUGGACACAAUACCGAUGACUGCGUCAUCGCCAAAGACCUGUUGGAGCGAUUAGCUCGGCAAGGUGGAGGAGCCACAAGUUCGGCACGGAAAAGAUCUUACCGAGCUAUCCUUUCCAUCAACGCCGAUCAAAGUCAACAGCAGCCGCCACCUACAUCUCCACAGAUAACAUUCCAUACAGCCGAUCAUGACAACAGCGUAGCAAAUCUGGAUGAUCCCGUCGUAAUCUCCUUACAGCUCGGUGAUCUCCUAAUUAAAAAGGUGUUGCUCGACCCAGGCAGCAGCGCCGACGUUCUCUUUUACUCGACUUUCCAGAAAAUGAAACUAAGCGAUAACAUCAUCCGACCUUCCAUUGGUGAUUUGGUAGGAUUCUCAGGUGAGCGAGUCCCGGUUAUGGGCUCAGUGUGGUUACAAACCACACUCGGUAAGUUUCCUUCGUCAAAAACUUCAGACAUUCAAUACUUAGUCGUUGAUUGCUUCAGUCCCUAUAAUAUUAUACUUGGCCGACCUUUCUUAAAUAAGUUCGGCGCUAUAGUAUCUACAAUUCAUCUUUGUGUUAAGUUCCCUUUGCAGGAUAACACAAUUGCAACCAUUCAUAGUGAUGCCCGAGAAGCCAGGGAAUGCUACAACAAUAGUCUCAAAAGACCUCACCGUAACACAAAUGCCCAGGUCCACAAUAUCGGCAACACGAACAACCAAGACAUGCUAGCCGACCUUGAUCCUAGAGCAGGAACACUGGAAAGGCCGACUCCAACAGAAGACCUAGAUAAAAUCUACUUCACAGAAAACACAGAUAAGUUCACAUACGUCGGCUCAACAUUAUCUUCAGACGAAAAAUCUUCAUUCCGAACAUUCUUACAACAAAAUGCCGACCUAUUCGCGUGGACCCCAGCUGAUAUGCCAGGCAUCGAUCCAUCCAUCAUAUCACACAAGUUAGCACUAGAUCCAUCUAUCCGACCUGUGGCACAAAAAAGAGAAAUCUCGGGCACGACCGAAAGCAAGCUUCCCUAG